UAAGGUUCUGCUAAGAUAUUCUGGUGCAACAGUAUUAUUUUGGUUCACAGGUAAUGUUCUUCCAGUGAAAUUGAUUUCUAUCAUUGUCAUGUAGCCGAACAAAGAUCAACCACUACUUGUUGAUGAGAUUUUUUGACUAUGAAAUAUCUCAGAAUUUCAUGGACUUGAUAAGAAUGAAUAUUUGUGAUGGUGAAAUAACAAAGACUUCCAAAGCUUUAAGUGGCCAUGUCUAUGUUGAGCUUCAAGCUUUUCUAUCUACUGAAAUUGCUUACUACAUGGUAGCAUUCAGGGUCAGCUUUCUAGUUUUAGCUUCAGUUGCAGCUUUUGCAGUUGCUCGGAUUAACGUUGAUCGAUCAAGAAAGCCAAACUCAUCAAUCAAAAAGAAUGACUCUGCCUUCCUACAAGAAGAAAUUGAAGAAGAAGAAGAAGAAGAAGAAGAGAGAGACGAGUUUGAAGGCUCUAAGAAGAAGAAGAAAUUGCAGGUUGAGCCAAAGGAGAAAGAAGAGGUUAAAAUAAUCAAAUCUGAUUUGAAACCAAAUGAACACGAAAACGAUGACUACAUAGAAUUCGAGUUUCCAAUACAUAAAAAGAAGAGGAACAAUGUUAGCGAAAUAGAGAUGUCGAAGAAAGUGAAAAGCGAAAUGGAGCAGAGGAGAGUGAGUCUCGAAGUGAAAUUGGUUGAACUAAAUGGUUUGAAAGAACAUCAAUUGCACAUGGCUGAGCUGCAGAAGCAUUUGAAGGCCAAGACGGCAGAGAUUGACAUGCUCACCGCCACCAUAAUUGCGUUACAGGCUGAGAGAAAGAAGCUUUAUGAAGAAAUCAAACAGAACAAGUUGGCUGAAAAGCAGGUUGAGAUUGCAAAGAAGAUGAUAUUAGAAAUGCAGGCAAAGAAGCGUGUCGAUGCAGACCAGAUGAAGGGGCAGUUGGUGAUGCUCCAAGAACAAGUAAAUGGGUUUCACAUGGAGGAAACAACAAAGAUUGUAGAUGCCAAGGUUGAGAAGAAGCUCGAGAGCAUGAAAGAUGUAGAGUUGGAAAUUGUUCGGAAGAAGAGAAGGAACAAAGAGCUUCAGUUAGAGAAGAGGGAAUUGUCAGUUAUGUUGGCUGCUGCUCAAGCCAAAAUCACUGCACUUUCCAAUAUGACUGAGAGAAAAAUUCUUGUGAAGAUGGAGGAGGAGUUAAGCAGCUUGAGGCUUGUUAAUGAAAAUCUCAGAAAACAAGCGGAAAGACUACAGAAGAACAGAUUUGAGAUGGUGGAAGAACUAGUGUACCAACGCUGGCUCAACACUUGCUUGAGGCUUGAAGUUCAAGACUACAAAACCCCGCGACAAAGCAUCUCAAGCAGUGAUUCACACGAGAAAACCAGCAAGCUAAGUUUUGAUUAUAAUUUUGACAGCAUUUCAUCCAAUGCAUUCACUUCUGAGAGCGACAAAAUCACCACUACUACAAUUGAUAGCUCUUCCACUAACCAAACAAGUGUUCAUAAGAAGUAUGGUCUAAUUCAAUACAUAAAGAGAUGGGGGAGAAGCCGGUAUGAUACAAGUGCUGCACCGACACAAGGCAGGUCCCCUCCUAGCAGAAAAGGCCUAAUUCGCAGGUUUUCCACGUCAAUGGUUCCUGAGAAAACAUCAAUGCUAAAGACUAAAGGUGACAACGCGACGCAAACUCCAGAGACACCUAGCUUGCCGCGCAAAAGGAGAGUUUCUUUUAAUGACUCAAUUCAAACCGCGCCAUCAACGUUUCAAGAUUCCCCAGAAUCGGUGAGAGGAGCAUCGGAUGAUGAGCGAAAAAGUGGCCAGAGUUGUGAAGACAACAGAAGUGUGAACACAAUUGCUGCAUUGGAGGAAGAGGAACCUGAAUUGUCAUCACUUGAAAUGAAUGUGUUGGAGAACAAUAAUGGUUCAAGCAAUUCAAGUAGGCAAGAGAUGGAGAGUGAAGAAAUGGAAAGCCGAGUGGUUAGCAAGAUUGAUGUGCCUCCAAGUGAAAAGGAGGUUGGGAACCGAAGGGUGCAUUUUGUUGCUGCUUUCUUCUUUUUGCUCUUGAUGUUAGUUGUUUGUUUUGUAUUUCAUACUGGUGGUAUUUACUAUUUAGUACCAAUGGUAGUGGUUUGUAAUAUUUUAUUCAAAACCAUAGGAAUGUAUUAGAAUUGUCACAAUUCCUCAAUGCUCAACUUCAUGAAGAUAAAUGGAAUUAUAAAUUAAACCAA